AUGGUUAUAAAUCGUUGGUCCGAAAACAAAGGUAAAUGCGUCGUCGCCAGACGGCUUGUAAGGCAUCACGUAUACGCCGCUUUGGCUGCCGUUGCAUCGGCGAAUUCUGCUGACCGGGGGAAAAGUAAAAACAGCAAUAAAUAUAGUUACCAAAGAAAAAAAAAAAACAAAGAACAAGCGAAUCUUACACCCCGCGGCACUCGUCUUUUGAAAUUCACUAAUGUCAAGUGCAUGGAUUUACCCACUUCUCGAGGUUUUACGAAAUACGAAUACUGUCGUUUAAAAGUGGUGCGCAGAAAUGAGGUGGAACUUUCUCUGAAGGUCAGCUUGUUGCAGCUUCCCAUCCGUAAUUUGACCGCAAGACUACAAUGCUUUCAAAGGCGGGAUGGCUAUCGUCCCUUUAUGUACAAUGUGCUCUUUGAUUUUUGCAAGCUGAUGUCCAGUGGGAGUAAUGAAUUUUCUUUUGAACGUAUAAUUUUCGGUGCUGUUCGAAUGCAUAGUAAUCUUAAUCAUUCUUGUCCAUGGAAAGAGAACCACAUGACGGUGGAGAAGUUCGCCCUGGAUUUAAACAAAAUCAAUAUGCCAGUACCUGCUGGAACCUACCGCUUGGAUUUCACCUUUUACGCCUACGGCAUCGCUCGCACAUUGACACAGGUGUUUUUCGAGAAAAUCGAGUGAAACUCGGGCGUCACAAACAUGUUCUUAGUUUUAUUUUCCUAAGCAGCUUAUACUGUGUAAGUUAAAAGCUCCAAAACAAAAUACAUGCCAAUAGAAUGGCAUCGAUAUUUUCAAUUUACAAUAUACACCAACGAUUUGAUUUCCUAGCCGUAAUAAAAGUCUGUGUGGCAAGUUAAAGUCAAUCAAGUCAAUAAACAAUUACGGGCAAUGGAAAAUUUUUUAGAGGGCUCGGCCUAGGCACAGUGGACAAAAAUAAAGUGUUCCAGCUGAUCAUUUUUACUCAGCUCAUACAUAAUCAAUCAUUCGACCGUCCGGAGGCAGUUUUCAUUUAAAUAAAUACCAGUAUAGCAAAUUGAUUAA